AUGGGAACGACGCCGCCCGUUUUUAAGCGGCUUCUCGAUUUUUUGUUGGGACGAGAAGAGCAAAAAGAGGAAGAGGAGGAGAUUAGUGAAUCGUUUAAGAGAUUUGUGAAAGCCGAGCGUCGAUUUAAACUCGCCGCCACGUGCGCCUUCUUGUUUGUGGUUUUCGUGGUGGGAACCCCGAUGUGGUAUUACACGACUACCGUAUACCGGGCGCCGUUUCCCACACUAUCGCCGAAUCGAUCGUUGACGGUGCCUGUCAAAAUCAUUCUGGCGAGCACCAGCGACGAGCUGAGUCCAUUAAUUUCGGACCUAAUGGUCCAAAUAAGACAAAAUUUGUCCGAGAAGGAGGUAAAAUCGCCAUUGGAAUUCGAUUUCGCGAUCGAAUCGAUCGGAACCCGUCGAUUCGAUGAGCUCGAGAACGAUCAUGACCUUCAAGUGAACACCGAGCACUUUGUGGUCCGCAUCGCCUUGGUCCCAUCGAAGGAAUGGUCGGAUUUCUCGGCGACGAAGGUCCGCUUGGGAAUCGGACGAUGGAAUUUCGUGCAAUGGUCGAACGAUGAGGCGUCGAAGUGCUCGAGUCGAACGACGGACCUGAUUUGGGAGAUUCUCAUCGAUGGUCCGCAUUUGAAUUCGAUUGUCAAACGCGAUUUGAGGGAGCGAAUGCCGCCGUGGCAGAUUGCCACGUUGCCGUUGUCGCAUCAGAAGCGCCUCGUUUGGGAUUCGGCGCCAUUGGCCACCGACUAUCACAUCCAAGUGAUCCAUGUGCACGAGAAUUCGUCGCCGACGACCGAGCCGCUCGACGCCCAGAAAAAGACGGCCGACGCGUUGCGACGAUUCGGCCGACUCGUCGCGCCCGUCACACGCGUUCAAGUCACCUCGGAGCAUCUUUGGGAUUUCGACGUGACGCGCUCAUUGCUCGUCAAAGACGUUCAGGAUCGAUGGACGUUGACGCAAGAAGCUCGCGAGGAGCUCAUCAAGAAGGUCGAUCGUCGACUACAAACCACAUUGGCGUCUGGAGCCGUCCUUCGAUUCGUUGUGCUCGAAACCGCCGAGCCCGUCGUCCUAUUAGAUCAUAUGGGUGAAGACACGACGGGCUUCGCGGUGGCCGCGUGGGGAGCGAUACUCGGCCGAAACGCGCAGACCGAAUCGCGAGCGAUCGCCGCAUUUCGCGUUCAAAUGGGAAUGGACGCCGAAUUGAUGCCCGGCUGGCGGCGGCCGCCGGUCGCCGUGUGCCAUUGGGAGAUCGCGCGAGCUCGCCUACGAGCCGCCGUCGACAACGCGAUGCGAGCCGCGAGCGCGAUUCGGGCUCUCGAUGAGAUGACGAAGAAGAUAUCGAACAUUGUGAUCAAUGACGAGGUGGCCGCGAAGGCGACGAUGGCCGUCAAAUUGCUCGACGAGGGGCUUCAGAAAGGAAAAGCUUUGAAUUUUGACAAGCUUCUCCAAGCUCGUCAACUCGCUGACAGUGCCAAUUCGGACCAUUCGCUCUUGUCCCUUUUGUAUUUCCCAAUGGACCAACGAACAGCCGUCAUUAUUCCGUUGGUCUUGCCAAUUGUGGUCCCGACACUCAAACUCGCCUACACUUUAACCAAAAAAUUGAUUUUCAAAGAGUUCCUGUGA